AUGCCGACACUCGGAUUUUUGAAGAAGAAACGGACGAAGGAGUCUCCGGGUAUAACCUCUCCGACAUCUAGUCAAGCCACAAGUCCGAUAACCCCCACAUCAUCAAGAGGCUUCGAUAACUCCAUAGCUUCCAUAUCUACCCAGUCUACUUUACCCCAAUCCCACGAGCACGAGGUUCUUCAAACUACAACCUCUCGCACAGCAGACCAGCCUGCUGCUGUGGCCAAAAAAGCCUCAAUGACACAAGGGAUAACUCAACAGCAGCAAUCUGCGCAAAUUCAUUCCGACCAACAUCAGCAUAGGCAAAACUCCCCAAGUAUCAGCAACUUGAUUCAUCCACCACAGCAUGACGGCGCGAGCCAGUCAUAUCCAACCCCACCAACCUCCUCGCAAACUUCGCUGCAUCCUGUAGCUGGUAACACCAGCACACUCCAAAUGGAUGCCUCGCACCGACAUUCCCAGCAAGCACAGCAGCAGCCACAGAUCAGACAAACCAAGGGCAAAUAUUCAUUGACCGACUUCGAAAUCCAGCGCACAUUAGGUACUGGAAGUUUUGGGCGAGUUCAUUUAGUUCGAUCGAAGCACAACCAACGAUACUAUGCUGUCAAGGUAUUGAAGAAGGCUCAGGUGCACAAGAUGAAGCAGGUCGAACAUACCAAUGAUGAGAGGAGAAUGUUGCAAGAAGUCAAACACCCAUUCCUCAUCACUCUAUGGGGUACAUUCCAAGAUUCAAAGAAUUUAUACAUGGUUAUGGAUUUUGUAGAGGGAGGUGAGCUAUUCUCUUUACUGAGAAAAUCACAAAGAUUCCCUAACCCAGUAGCCAAAUUUUAUGCCGCUGAAGUUACAUUGGCCCUUGAAUAUCUCCAUUCAAAACAAAUCAUCUAUCGGGAUCUAAAGCCAGAGAAUUUACUUCUUGACAGGCAUGGACAUCUUAAGAUUACUGAUUUUGGAUUCGCCAAGAAGGUCCCAGAUAUCACAUGGACAUUGUGCGGGACCCCGGAUUACUUAGCACCAGAAGUAGUCUCAAGUAAAGGUUAUAAUAAGUCUGUAGAUUGGUGGUCGCUUGGGAUACUGAUUUUCGAAAUGCUUUGUGGUUUCACGCCAUUUUGGGAUGGUGGCUCACCUAUGAAGAUUUAUGAGAAUAUCCUUAAAGGGAGGGUCAAAUAUCCUCCAUAUAUUCACCCAGAUGCACAAGAUUUAUUACAACGAUUGAUCACAGCAGAUCUUACCAAACGUCUUGGCAACUUACAUGGAGGCUCUGAGGACGUCAAAAAUCAUCAAUGGUUUGCCGAAGUAACUUGGGAAAGGUUAUCCAAGAAAGAUAUUGAUGCGCCUUAUGUCCCUCCUGUCAAGGCCGGAGUCGGUGAUGCUAGUCAGUUUGAUAAAUAUCCCGAGGAAACGGAGAUAUAUGGUCAAGGUGGGCCUGAUGAAUUUGGGCACCUAUUUGUCGAUUUUUAA